CCUGCUGCUGCCACUGCUGCCAUGGCUGCUCCUAAUGUUCUCACUUUUGAUGCUGAGGGUCGGGCUGUCGACUUUGAGGUCUGGGUCGAUGACCUACAGCUUUUCCUACAGUGCGAUAGGACAGAUGGUCUCUCCCUGUUCGAUCUCACGUCUGGCGCCUCUCCUGCCCCUCCUGCCGAUGCUGACAGCACUGUUCGCUCACAGUGGGCCACACGUGAUGCUGCUGCCCGUCUUGCUGUUCGUAGUCACUUGCCGUCCUCUGAGCGCGCGCACUUUGGAGCGCCUCUAGUCACUGUAGGAGCCUCUCGUGGUGACCCUCGUACUCCCUUCUUUGAGGGGUGUUCCCCCUCCCCCCUCCUGCCCUCUGUUGCCUCUGCUGCUGCGGCCGACCUCGUUGGCCUCGAGUCGGUCGGAGAUGCGUCUGCCCCUGGCGGGAGACGCCGCACCGGCAAGGGCAAAGGGGGCAAGGGUGCUGGAGGAGCUGGCGGGGGCGGUGGAGGUGGCGGUGGAGGCGGUGGAGGGGGUGGGGGUGGUGGUGGGAGUGGUGGCGGGGGUGGGGGCGUCGGUGGCGGCAGUGGAGGCGGAGGAGGCGGCGGCGGUGGUGGUGGGAGCGGAGGAGGCGGAGGUGGCGGCGGCGGUGGAGGUGGUGGCGGCAGCGGUGGGACUGGUCGAGGCGGCUCUGCGCAGAAGGGCGGCUCCGGUGGUGGUCAGCGCCAGCAGCAGCAGCGCACUCGUGAGACCCCGUCCCCCCAGCAGCUUCGUGAGUGUGAUGAGGGUGACUGUUACCUGUAUGUUCCGCCUGACCCAGGCAUUGGGACUGCUGCUCUAGGUGCUGGUGAGGCUGCUGCUCUAGGUGUUGGUGAGGCUGCUGCUCUAGGUGCUAGUGAGUCUGCUGCCCUAGGUGCUGGUGAGUCUGCUCUCUCAGGUACCACGUCGGCUCAGGCCUCCCACACCUUCACCCUUGACUCGGGUGCUUCCCGCUCCUUCUUUCGAUACCGCACCACGCUUACGCCGCUUAGUCGGCCAGUUGCGGUCUCCCUGGCGGACCCCUCUGGGGGUCCUGUCCUUGCCCACUUCUCCACUGUCUUACCGUGUCCGGCGGCCCCUUCUGGCACCCUGUCAGGUCUCUACCUCCCCUCGUUCUCUACGAACUUGGUGAGUGGUGCUGACCUACAGGAUGGGGGGGUUGACCAGUUCACUCCUGCGAGUCAGCGAGUGACCCACUGCACGUGUGCUCGGACGGGCCGACACUUGGCCACGUUUACCCGUCGACCGGGGUCGAGCCUGUACACACUGACUACUGAGUCUCCUCCGGUCUCUGCGUCUGGUCAGGUAGCUGCGUCGGGCAUGGCCUCCCGUGUCCUUGUCUCUGGUCUCCCCCGGUCCCUCCCUCCUCUUCCUCCGGGGCCUGCCCCUACCUGCGUUCCCUGCGUCGAGGGGAGGCAGCGUGCUGCUCCUCACUCCUCCGAGUUUCCUCCGACAGAGGCUCCGCUGCAGACGCUUCACAUGGACGUGUGGGGCCCAGCCCGCGUCCGUGGACAGGGUCACGAGCGUUACUUCCUGCUGGUGGUUGACGACUACUCGCGUUACACCACAGUCUUCCCCUUGCGCAGCAAGGGUGAGGUCACUGAGGUGUUGAUCGGCUGGAUCCGCGCUACUCGUCUCCAGCUCAGAGAGAGUUUCGGCUCGGACUUUCCUGUUCUGCGUCUGCACUCUGACAGAGGCGGGGAGUUUUCCUCUGCCCGUCUGGGAGCCUUCUGUCGUACACAGGUCAUCCGCCAGACCUUCACGCUUCCGGCCUCACCACAGCAAAAUGGGAUUGCUGAGCGCCGCAUUGGCAUGGUCAUGGACGUCGCUCGUACGUCCAUGAUCCAUGCGGCUGCUCCCCAUUUUCUGUGGCCGUUUGCGGUUCGGUACGCAACGCAUCAGAUCAACCUUCAGCCCCGGGUCUCCUUGCCGGAGACCUCCCCCACCUUGCGGUGGAAGGGGAAGGUUGGCGAUGCGUCUGCAUUUCGUGUCUGGGGAUCUCGGGCGUUUGUCCGCGACUUGUCUGCGGACAAGCUGUCCCCCCGUGCUGUUCCCUGCGUCUUUCUUGGCUUCCCUCCUGACGCGCCUGGUUGGCAGUUUUACCACCCCACCUCGCGCCGUGUUCUGUCCUCCCAGGACGUCACCUUUGACGAGUCGGUUCCUUACUACCGUCUCUUCCCCUACCGCACUGCGCCCCUCCCCCCGCCGCCGCUCUUUCUUGCGCCAGGUCCCCCCCCGGUAGACCCUCUCCCCCCUAAGGGUCCUUCCCCGUCAGGUGUGUCCCAGGACGAGCCUAUCGAGGUAGCUGUUGACUCUGGUGCUGCUAGGGGUGCUGAGCCUGGGGGUGCUGAGUCUGGGGGUGCUGAGCCUGGGGGUGCUGAGUCUCGGGGUGCUGAGCAUGGGGGUGCUGAGCCUGGGGGUUCGGAGCCUGGGGGUGCGGAGCCUGGGGGUGCUGAGCCUGGGGGUGCUGGGUCUACUCAUGUGGCCUCUGGCGGUGCUGGGUCUGGGGGCCCUUCGGGUGCUUCGUCUCGGCGGGAGCUACCCUCUCCACAGGAGCUGCGCGACUGGUUUGCCCGGCGCUGGAGCCGUGCUGCUGGAGCUGGAGGUGCUACUGUUGCUGCUGACCCUGGGGUCGGCGCUGGAGGUACUGGAGCCACAGGUCCUGGAGGUGCUCGUACUGGCGGUACUGGAGCCGCUGGGACUGGAGGUGCUGCUGGGGCUACUGGAGUUGGUGCUGCUGGAGGUACUGGAGCUGCUGGUACUGCUGGCGGGACUGGAGCUGCUGGGCCUGGAGGUGCUCCUGGUGCUGGAGCUACUGGCGGUGCUGGAGGUGGCGGUCCUGCUGGGGUAGGUGCUGCUGGAGCUGCUGGAGCUGGAGCUGCUGGGGGUGUUGGCACUGGAGGUGCUGCUGGCGCUGGUGCUUCUGAGGGUGCUGGAGUUGGCGCUGUUGGAGCUGGAGGUGCUGCUGGCGCUGGUGCUGCCGCUGGGGGUACUGGUGCUGUCCCUGCUGUUUCUGGAGGCGCUGCGUGGCCGCAGCCGUACUUCGUUCCGCUCCUUGAGCAGGUUCUUGGUCUUCUGCCUUCUACUGGUCCUGCUCCUCCCUUAGAGUGUCCACCGCCUGUCCAGUCAUUGUUACAGCCCACCUCCCCCCUGCCUUCUCCUUCUCCCUACACUGGUCCUACUGGAGGUCUUGCUGAGCGUCGUGAGCCUGCGUCUCGUCCUGCGUCGCCUGUUCGUGCUGCUCGCACUAGUAGUCGUGUUCCGCGUCCGCGUCCUCCUGCGGUCUCAGGCACACACCAGAUGGCACUGCGUCCUUCCACUGCUCCUCUGCGUGUCCCGUUGCCGUCUCCUCCAGAGUCCUCUCUUCCUGUUCUUGCUGACCCGGAGUCUGACUCUCUUCGUGCUGCCAGUCCUACUGUCACGCGUCUCCUGGCUACUGUUGUCAUUGACCCUUCCUUUGAGUCCACUGCUGCGUCUGCCUUUGCUGAGCUUGUCGACUUUGCUGCUCGCUGUCGUCUAGACUACGCCGCUAGUCUUGUUACUGAGUCUGAGUCUGUCUGUCCUCCGUCCGUCGGGGGUGAGUGUGCUCUUAGCACGGACGUCCUUGAGGACAGGCAGGAGGAGUUCCAGUGUUUUGCUGCUGCUUUGCCUCAUCUCGUGUCCACGCUGAUUGCCCCUGAGGGAGACCCGGAUGCACCAGACAUCCCGACUCCUCGAUCGUACGCUGAGGCGAUCGAGGGUCCCUACUCCUCACAGUGGCAGUCAGCCAUGGAUGCAGAGAUGGCUUCCUGGAAGUCCACAGGCACCUACGUCGACGAGGUUCCCCCACCUGGGGCGAACAUCGUCAGUGGCAUGUGGAUUUUCAGGGUGAAGCGGCCGCCGGGUUCUCCGCCUGUCUUCAAGGCGCGUUACGUGGCUCGAGGCUUCAGUCAGCGGCAGGAAGUUGACUACUUUCAGACCUUCUCUCCCACCCCGAAGAUGACCACUCUUCGGGUGCUGCUGCACAUAGCCGCUCAGCGCGACUACGAGCUUCACUCUCUUGACUUCAGCACAGCUUUCUUGCAGGGCAGCCUGCACGAGGAGAUCUGGCUGCGCCGCCCACCUGGCUUCACUGGGUCGUUUCCUCCUGGUACCCAGUGGAGCCUUCGGCGGCCAGUCUACGGUCUCUGCCAGGCGCCCCGUGAGUGGCACGACACACUGAGGACUACACUUGCGGCUCUUGGGUUUGCUCCUUCUACUGCCGACCCGUCGCUGUUUCUGCGCACCGACACUUCUUUGCUGCCGUUCUACAUCAUCAUGUACGUCGACGACUUGGUCUUUGCCACUGCUGACACUGCUGGACUCGGCCACAUGAAGUCCGAGCUGCAGAAGAGACACACGUGCACAGACCUGGGUGAACUGCGCAGCUACCUUGGCUUGCAGAUCACCCGGGACAGAGCACAGCGCACCAUUACCCUGACUCAGUCACACAUGGUGCAGCAGGUCCUUCAGCGCUUCGACUUCACGUACUCCUCGCCUCAGGCCACUCCUCUAUCUACUCGCCACUCGCUCUCAGCUCUGCCUUCGGAUGAGUCCGUAGAGCCGAGUGGCCCGUACCCAGAGCUUGUUGGCUGCCUCAUGUACCUGAUGACCUGCACACGACCUGACCUUGCAUACCCUCUUAGCAUCUUGGCACGCUAUGUUGCUCCUGGGAGACACCGACCAGAGCACAUGGCUGCAGCGAAGAGGGUGUUGCGCUACUUGUGCAGUACGUCGGGCAUGGGGCUAGUGCUUGGAGGGCGGCGUUCAGUAGUCCUCACAGGUCACGCAGACGCUUCUUGGGCUGACGACCAGGCUACGCAGCGGUCGUCACAGGGUUACACCUUCAGCCUUGGUUCCGGCUCUGUUUCGUGGCGGUCUACCCGCUUGUCUUAUUUUCUCGGCUCUAGCUGUGAGGCUGAGAUCUACACGGGAGCCAUGGCUGCACAGGAGCUACGCUGGCUCACCUACUUGCUGACUGACCUAGGAGAGCUGCCUCGUUCUCCUCCAGUUCUGUACGUAGACAACAAGGCCAUGCUGGCCUUGUGUCGGGAGCACAGACUGGAGCACAGAACGAAGCACAUUGCUCUUCGCUACUUCCUUGCUUGUGAGCUACAGCAGCGUGGUCAGCUGCGCCUUGCUUACGUGGCCUCUGAGGCCAACACUGCUGAUAUCUUUACCAAGGCACUUCCGCCUUGUGAUCAUCAGCGCUUCUGUACGAUGCUAGGUCUUGUGCCUACUUGGCCUUACUUGCUCACUUCUUGA